ACCAAUUAGCAAAAUUGCAUGAGAAACUAUAUUCAAAUCAAUUUGGCUACGAAGUCUUUGUUUAUUCAUCAAAAUGGCAAAUUGGCCAAUAAAAAAUCUUCACGAAAAAAGCUCAGUGGGUGACGAACUGGUCACAUGGCCAUUAAUCUAUUAUUAACAAUCCCGCGUUAACUCAGUUUAGUAUAGAUAAAUAGUGGACUUCUCGAAUUUCAAUCGUCCCCAAAAUUUAAAAUUUAAACGCAAAACCAAUAUCAGACCAUGAAAAAUUUCUCCAUUUUCAAAACAACUGCAAAGGUUUUCAAUGACUACCCAACUUAUUCCAGGAUCUUGUUUCUCUUCACCGUCAGUUCUGGAGGCAUGGUGGCUUACUCGGAAUAUCAGACAGGAAGAGGUCCACAAAACAUUGAAAAUAAGCAUAUGGAGCCUAAAAAGAAGAAAAUGGUGGUGCUUGGGACAGGAUGGGCUGGUAUUAGUUUUAUUAAAGAUCUCGAUCCUUCUAUAUAUGAUGUCAAGGUUGUCUCACCACGAAAUUAUUUUGCAUUUACCCCAUUGCUUCCAAGUGUAACUUGUGGAACAGUUGAAGCGAGGAGUGUUGUAGAGCCUAUUAGAAAUAUAUUAAAAAAGAGAACUGGGGAAAUAAAAUUUUGUGAAGCGGAGUGUACUAAGAUCGAUUUAGCGAACAAGAAAAUCCACUGCAAAUCUACUUUUGAGAACGGUCCUGUUCCACACCGAGAUUUCUCAUUAGAAUUUGACUACUUGGUUAUAGCAGUCGGAGCACAAGCAAACACUUUCAACACUCCUGGUGUAUCGGAACAUUGCCAUUUUUUAAAGGAGGUGGAGGAUGCUCAACGAAUUCGUCGAUCUGUGAUAGAUUGCUUUGAGCAAGCAGCCCUUCCAGAUUUGAGUGAGGAAGAGAAGAGGAAGAAUCUCCAUUUCGUAGUUGUUGGAGGAGGCCCUACAGGUGUUGAAUUUGCCGCGGAACUUCAUGAUUACAUCGUGGAAGAUUUAGUGAAACUGUAUCCUGGAGUUAAGGAGUUGGUAAAAAUAACAGUUAUUCAAUCAGGAGAUCAUAUCUUGAACACCUUUGAUGAAAGGAUCAGCAUGUUUGCAGAAAAGAAAUUUUCAAGGGAUGGGAUUGAACUCUUAACAGGGUGCAGGGUUGUCAAUGUUUCUGAUAAUUUAAUCACCAUGAACGUCAAAGCAAUAGGAAAAGUACACGAUGUACCCUAUGGAAUGGUUGUAUGGUCUACUGGAGUUGGCACAAGACCAAUUGUGAGGGAUUUUAUGGAGCAAAUUGGCCAGGGUCACAGACAUGUUCUAGCAACUGACGAGUGGUUGCGGGUUAAAGGUUGUGACGAUGUGUUUGCCAUAGGUGAUUGUGCUUCAGUUGAUCAACGCAAAAUCAUUGAUGACAUCACGAUGAUAUUUGCUGCCGCCGAUAAAGACAAAUCUGGGACUUUGAGUGUACAGGAGUUUCAAGAUGUGAUUGAUGACAUUCUCGUAAGAUAUCCCCAAGUGGACCUCUAUUUGAAAAGCCAUCAUAUGAAGGACCUGAGAGAUCUGUUAAGGGAUGCUGAAGGAAAUGAGAUGGAAGUGGAUAUAGAGGGCUUCAAGUCAGCCCUGUUACAUGUUGAUUCACAAAUGAAGAGUCUUCCAGCAACUGCACAGGUUGCAGCUCAACAAGGUAUAUAUCUUUCUAGGUGCUUCAAUCGUCUUGACGAAUGUAAAGCUAAUCCAGAAGGUCCUCGUCGUUUCAGAGGCUCUGGACGCCACACGUUUCUUCCCUUUAGGUACAAGCAUUUUGGACAAUUCGCACCAUUAGGAGGAGAACAAACAGCUGCUGAGCUUCCUGGCGAUUGGGUCUCAAUGGGCUAUAGCACUCAGUGGUUGUGGUACUCUGUAUAUGCUAGCAAGCAAGUUAGCUGGCGUACUAGAACUCUGGUGGUUAGUGACUGGAUAAGGAGAUCUAUCUUUGGAAGAGAUUCGAGCCGUAUUUAAGAUAUGAGUGAUGGUAAUGCAUUACUGGAUCACCAUGGGAGCCUAAGUUACUUGGCAACAAUAUAUCUGACUCUGAAGGCAAAUUUGACUCUUGAAUCACAUGAAAUUUUACUCCCAAAUAUCAAUUGAACACAAUUCGUGUUUAGUGCAAUUUAGUACUAUCUUAUGAAAACACAAGUGCAUAUUCGUAUGUGUAUAUACACAAAAUCUCAUGUGCAUCCAAUGCACAAAAAUUGUUAUUGUGUAACAUACCUCUUUUUUGCAUAAGUUUUAACUGCUUAUUGAUCCGGGUACUUGGAAUCCUAUGGAUGAAGAUAUGGUCUCUAUGGAUCCUAUUGAAUUUCAUUCAGAGGACGAAGCUCCUAAAGGUCUCUUAUCAAAUAAAUACAUGGUUAUGAGUUGUUCAAUGUAAAAGCGUUUUGUAAUUUAUACACAUCAAAGGAUAAAUCAAACAUUGGCCAAUAGA